UACCGAAAGAACAAGAAUCGAGCGCGAAGAAAUCAAAUAGGUUUACACUAGCUCGUGAAAAAGAUAUUGGAUAUUGGAUAUUGGAUUUGCGGGAAACUAAUCAUGACCUUGUUUCAUAGGAAAUGUGUUUUCCGUCUUUCACCACUAAUUAAAGUUUCAUCUGCAGAGUUUCACUUGGGACACCAAAAUUCAAAUUAUAAACUAGUUGCUAAUCCUCACAAAGAAGAAACCAUUUCUUCUGGCUUUGACAACGUGACAAGAUGGCUUAUAGCAGCAGAUAUAGUCAGAGGUCUGCGAUUGACUCUUGGUAUGGUGUUCAAGGAACCUGCAACUCUAAACUAUCCUUUCGAGAAGGGUCCUCUUAGUCCGAGAUUUCGUGGUGAGCAUGCACUACGCAGGUAUCCUAGUGGUGAGGAACGAUGUAUCGCUUGCAAACUUUGCGAAGCUAUUUGUCCAGCUCAAGCCAUCACUAUUGAGGCCGAGCCAAGAGCUGAUGGAAGUAGGAGGACAACUAGAUAUGAUAUUGAUAUGACCAAGUGCAUUUAUUGCGGCUUUUGCCAGGAAGCAUGUCCAGUAGAUGCUAUCGUAGAGGUAAUUAUUUUGUUCUUUUGAAAUGCUUACUAUACCUAUGAUAAAAACCAACUUGCUAGUUCUUGGAUUUUCGGGCUAAGUUCCCACUUACAACUUGCAGCUAUUACUGACCAGUUUACAACAGUAAAGUCCGAAACGAUGAGCUUGUUAUCAGUAGCAUUUCGUGACAGUUUUAAAUUGAUGACUGGUAGUAGUUAAUGUGUCUAUCCAAACUUUCGAAGUAGGAAGAAGUAUUAUUCAAUGGCCGACCUAAAGAAUGCUAUUUUGCUUGAUUUCACGGUUUGUUAACAGCAUAACUUGACAGUUCCAAGG